AGACUCGACUUGAGCCGAAUUUCCUCGCCGUGAUAUUAGCCACAACAAAAAAUUUGUGGUAAUCGCGCAAAAAGUUUUUGGCGCUACGUAUUGCUAUAUUUUUCGCGUUCUACCUACGGCAAGCAACGGCAAGGUGCUCGUCAGCCACGUUGUCGCUUCGUCCAGGAUUCGGCGGCCCGUCGACGGCGCGAAACUGCACAAUCACGUAAGAGUUAUAGGGAAAUUCCAGCAUUCACAAUGGCAGGAGAGCAGCAACAGUUUUUUCUCAAAUGGAAUGACUUCCAAUCGAACAUGGUGUCAUCGUUCAAACACCUGCGAGAUGAGAAAAGCUUCACGGAUGUGACAUUGGCUUGCGAUGGUCAGACUUGUAAAGCACAUAAAAUGGUCUUGUCCGCUUGUAGUCCUUACUUCAAAUCUUUAUUAGAGGAAAAUCCGUCCAAACAUCCAAUUAUAAUUCUAAAGGACGUUGCGUACAGUCAUCUACAAGCCAUCCUAGAAUUCAUGUAUGCAGGUGAAGUAAAUGUCUCGCAAGAUCAGCUACCAGCAUUUCUCAAAACAGCAGACCGGCUUAAAGUUAAAGGACUAGCUGAAGCUCCCGGUGCCAUUAAGAGAGAAGGUUAAAAAUACACACGUAAAAUAUGGUAUUUGAAAAGUGUGUGGACUGAAAAAACAGUGUAAUAAUGUAAAGUGAUUGAGUAAAACACGUACCACACAACAUAAACACACAACACAACAUACAUUAUAAAUAUAUAGACAUAUGUAAAAAAAAUUUAAACACUGCGUGUGCACAACUCGGUGUCCUACGGUUCAUGACUUGGAUCAACACGCGGUGAUGUAAAAUAAUGCCUUUUUCUUAUUCUCAGUUAAUGUUAACUGGUUGUAUUGAUAGUAUGUACACAUACAUGCAAGUAGAGAAAAAAAUGUUGAUGUUUGUCUUGAACCCAUUACGCCAUAUUGGCAAUAAUAACAACACAUUGAUUAUUUUUUU